GCCAAACAAGGUCGGAAGUUGGACAGGCUUACCCAUUAUUCACCAUGCCUACAAAUCAGCUGGAGAAAGCCCAGGCUGGUGGCCAGAUGGAGGGUUUGCAGGCCAGCAAGGGAAGGGCUUGGCAGAGACAGCGCCACAGAGAUGGCAGGUUGAGGUCACUUGCUCCUUUCUCCAGGGCAAUGGGUGACAGAGACAGCCGUACAGGCCAAUGGCCCAUGGACACAGCACAGAUUGCAGUUGUUGGGGCAGGUGUGGCAGGGCUCUCUACGGCUGUGUGCAUCUCCAAGCUGGUACCCCGAUGCUCCGUUACCAUCGUUUCAGACAAGUUUACUCCGGAUACCACCAGCGAUGUGGCAGCUGGAAUGCUCAUCCCUCACACUUAUUCAGUCCUUACAGCAUCAUGGCUAAGCAUGGCGGCUGUAAUCCUAGCACUUUGGGAGGCAGAGGCAGGUGGAUCGCUUGAGGCCAGGAGUUGGAGACCAGCCUGGGCAACAUGGCAAGACCUCAUCUCUACAAAAAUACAAAAAUUAGCCAGGUCUGGGAACUUGGCUGGUCAGCUCCUGGUAACUACCUCCCGGGAAACAAACACAGACACACCCAUUCACAAGCAGAAGCAGUGGUUCAGAGAGACCUUUAAUCACCUCUUUGCAAUUGCCAAUUCUGCAGAAGCUGGAGAUGCUGGUGUUCAUUUAGUAUCAGGUUGGCAGAUAUUUCAGAGCACUCCUACUGAAGAAGUGCCAUUUUGGGCUGAUGUGGUUCUGGGAUUUCGAAAGAUGACUGAGGCUGAGCUGAAGAAAUUCCCCCAACAUGUGUUUGGUCAGGCUUUUACAACCCUGAAAUGCGAAUGCCCUGCCUACCUCCCGUGGUUGGAGAAAAGGAUAAAAGGAAGUGGAGGCUGGACAGUCACUCGGCGAAUAGAAGACCUGUGGGAGCUUCAUCCGUCCUUUGAUGUCGUGGUCAACUGUUCAGGUCUUGGAAGCAGAGAGCUUGCAGGAGACUCGAAGAUUUUCCCCGUAAGGGGCCAAGUGCUCCAAGUUCAGGCUCCCUGGGUGGAGCAUUUUAUCCGAGAUGGCAGUGGGCUGACGUAUAUUUAUCCUGGUACAUCCCAUGUAACCCUGGGUGGAACUAGGCAAAAAGGAGACUGGAAUCUGUUCCCAGAUGCAGAAAAUAGCAGAGAGAUUCUUUCUCGAUGCUGUGCUCUUGAGCCCUCCCUCCAUGGAGCCUGCAACAUCAGGGAGAAGGUGGGCUUGAGGCCCUACAGGCCAGGCGUGCGACUGCAGACAGAGCUCCUUGUCCGAGAUGGCCAGAGGCUGCCUGUGGUCCACCACUAUGGCCAUGGGAGCGGGGGCAUCUCAGUGCACUGGGGCACUGCUCUGGAGGCUGCCAGGCUGGUCAGCGAGUGUGUCCAUGCCCUCAGGACCCCCACUCCCAAGUCACAGCUGUAGAUGACAUAAAAUGACAGCAAAUAGACUGAGAGACUGUUGAUCAAAACACAGAACAGAUUCAAAUAACUUCCACUGCAUGGAAGUUUAAUUAGACAUUUCUUUGUUUUCAGCAUUAGAAGUGGUACAACAUGUAAGCUGAUCACAGUGGCAUGCCUAGAGUCCCAGCUACUUGAGAGGCUGGGGCAGGAGGAUCACCUGAGCCCAAGAGUUUGAGUCCAAUCUGGGUAACAUAGCCAGACCCCACCUCUAAAAAACCCAACAACAACAAAAGAAAUGGUGCAACAUGUAGACUUAUUUAGGAAGUCUAGUAUUAAUGAUAUAGGGCAAAAGCUCUAUUUUUUUCUUAAAAAUACUUCUUACAGAGUAAAGUUUCUUUAGAUCUGAUGUCCAAGGUCCUAUGCAGAUAUAUAUGAAUGUUGGAAGCUGUACAGAUUUUUAUAUCAUUUGGCUCAUAAAUUCACAGGAGGAGAUAAUGUAUGAAAAACAUUUAAAUUGCUGUCAAUUGCAGAGCUGCCCAUGAUCUUCUUAGGUUAUAGCCAAGUCAUCAAUAUCAUUCCUCUAAAUAAAAUCACACAGUGAUCACACAAUGCAGGAUUACUAUGUUUAAUUGAAAACAAAGCAUGCUUGCUGCUAGUACUAGCGGCAACCUUUUCCUCCCCUCAGCUGGUAAUGAUGGUAGGAGACAGAGUUGAAGUCGCCUAUGGAUGUCAUAUCUAUUCAAUAGCUGCUUGGGGUCAAACACCUAAGGGUUGUACGUUCCAUUACUGUAAGUGAUUGAGAGCUGGUUGCGAUAUGGUUGGCUUUGCCUAAGCAUUUCUGAAGAUGAACAGCAUGUGCAGCCAAAGAACUAAUUUGCUAAUUAAGGGGGAACAAUCAUUCUGAAUGAAAUAUAAUCAGAGUAUUCUGUGGUUCGUUAAGUAUUGGGAGGAGGGGAAUGUGUCUCACAAUAAAAUGAGUUGGAAUUGUUGAGUUAAA